AGAAUUAGAGGAAAGGAGUAUCAUACAUUUCCCAUUGGUCAACAUUCAUACACAAGUACACAACACCCGCUCCCCGAUCUCCCAAAACCCUAACACACCACAAUAAUUCCCAGCUCCAUCACAUAAUAAUAAGAAUAUUCAUACCCAUUUACAACAAUCUCUCCCCAUGGCCUCCUCUGCAAUUUUACAUUUCUCACCUUCUCUAUAUUACCCCUCUUCUUACAAAACCAGAACAUCCUCUUUCUCUAAACAUCUGGUUGUCAGAGCUUCAGCUUCAGUUAGUUACUCUCCUGCCACCUCCCUCAAGACUAACAAUUGGCAGUGGAAGUUUAAGGAGAACUCUAUUAAUAUAUAUUAUGAGGAGCAUGAGAAGGAAAGCACAGAACCUACUAAAAAUAUCCUAAUGAUACCAACGAUAUCGGAUGUUAGUACUGUGGAAGAGUGGAGAUUGGUUGCUAAAGACAUUGUUCAACAAGUUGGUAAAGUUAAUUGGAGGGCGACAAUCAUCGACUGGCCUGGUUUAGGUUACUCUGAUAGGCCAAAGCUGGAUUUUAACGCGGAUGUCAUGGAGAAAUUCCUGGUCGACUUCAUCAAUUCACCCAACAGUCCAAUAAGCAGCUUAGGGGAUGACCUAGUAAUCUUUGGAGGAGGACAUGCAGCCACUAUAGCAGUUCGUGCUGUGAAGAAGAAUUUGGUGAAGGCAACUGGCAUUGCUGCUGUUGCACCUACAUGGGCCGGUCCCCUGCCCAUUGUCUUUGGUAGAGAUUCUGACAUGGAAACAAGGUAUGGAUUACUUAGGGGGACACUAAGGGCCCCUGCAGUUGGUUGGAUGAUGUACAAUGUUCUUGUCAGCAAUGAGAAGUCUAUCGAGUCGCAGUACAAAUCACAUGUUUAUGCAGAUGCUAAAAAUGUGACCCCACAAAUUAUUGAAAGCAGAUACGAAUUGACAAAAAGGAAAGGUUCUCGCUAUGUGCCUGCUGCUUUCUUAACUGGUCUACUUGACCCUGUUAAGUCCCGGGAGGAAUUUGUUGAACUCUUUGCAGAGUUACAGGGGAAAUUACCUGUUCUAGUAAUGUCAUCAACAGGCGCUCCUAAGAGGUCUAAAGCAGAAAUGGAGGCUCUUCGGGAAGCCAAAGGGGUGAGCAGAUAUGUUGAGGUUCCAGGUGCCCUUCUUCCACAAGAGGAAUAUCCUACUAUCAAUAUAAUCUAAAUUCCUGCUAAUACCCGUUAAGUAUAUGGAUCCUUUUUUCCCGACCCGGCGGUUACAUCCUACAACUAUGCACGGUUUCUUUUUUCCUGUCUCUUUUCCACAUUUCAAAUCUCCCACGUUUCAAAAGCCUCUCAACGGAUUAAACUGCUUUCAAGCUUAUACGCACACUGUUUUCUUUCUUUCAAACACUGCAAUACGUUUAUGUCUACGCCUCUGUUGAUUUCAUCCAAAGCUUGCAGCUAUUUGGAGGGGAGAUGGUGAGUUUUUGCAGGAUCAUGAUAAUGGGAAAAAGAGAAAAUACAGAAUUGUGCAGGAGUCAUUAGAAAACAAAAUCACGGGUCGUGAGCGUGUUUCUUUGGGUACUCUGUCUCCUUCUUCAGUACGUAAUGGACGAAGGACACACGUCACAUGCAGGAUAUGUCUUGCUCUUCUAACAGUCCUGAGUAUGGGAUUGACGUUACUCAAUUGACUGAGAACAAUGAUCCAUAUACUGCACAUUUUACCAGCGGUACUUUGAUUAUUCAGUGGCUGGUCACUAUUCAGGAGAGUGUGGUGAAAAGAAGUCUCUGGCGUGUGGCAAAAACAUUACUAAAUUUUGUUGUCAGGCUGUUCGGAUUUUCCUGGAGUUUGCACUUUGAAUCUGGAAGAAGGGCCAAUGUACAUCCAUAACGAGUUAUUGUAGAAAAGCCUGACGAGUGACGAGCAAUCACCUAUCGACGGAGAAGCUGUCACUGGAGAAGAUUACAUCCAUCCCUGCGUGGAGCGUCUCCAGAAUGUAGAGCAGAUACUUGACAAACUGAAGAACAGACCUGCUGAAAUUCCUAGAGAGAAGGAUCAAAUGCUUCUGCAUUCAUUGGAGAGAAUCAAGUCUGUGGAGUUUGACCUCGAUAAAACCAAGAGAUUCUCUUUGAAAAUGAAGUACGCAUCCUAUAUUAUCACGUCCUCUUUGAACGUGAGGUGUAGACGGACACCAAUAUGCACCACAUACACAGCAUUUUGACUAAACUUUCCUCGCUAUGACAUUCUUCGUAUUUGAUUGAAAUUUUAGGUUCUGGAAUUGCACAUGGCACAUGUUCCAAAUCCGUUAAUCAUAGUGAUGCAUUCAAGCGAGCAGCACAAACCCAGGGACGAGAUUUUAAACAAGAGAGAGCCAAGAUUACAUGCAUGUCUAGCAUGAAACGACUAUGAUGGAAAAGACUAGAUUUAUUAACUCGUGGAAGGUCUACCGUCUCAAGCAGAGUAUAAAGCUAAAGAUAAAAUGUUUGCAGGAGUGCUACAUUAUAUAAUGAGCAAGACCUGCUAAUAAGAGUUAAUGCAACCGAGGCUUCAGAAAGUAAAUUGAUGGAUAUCGGAGAAGUCUUAAUGCGAAGUGUAUUGUUUGAGGAAAACCAGAAAUAACAAGCAAUAGAAGCUGUAUAGAAUUUCAGAUAAUGGCAUCGGAGUAUAAGGAUAUAGAAUAAAGCCUGCUACUACUGUUAGUCUGUUAAACCGUCACACAUAUCAUGGAAGUCAUGCUUCUCCCAAUAAUAUGAGUAUUUCUCAGGAUGUUUCUGCAAAAGGGAAUCGUCCGGAUUCAGACAUUACUAUUCUGGUGUCCAGUGGCGGUGCCACAUUAGGGCACCUGGGGGCUCGUGCCCCUCCAACUUUCAAAAAAACAACUAUAUUUUUGUGGAUCCCACAUGUAUUAUUAACAGGUGCCCCCAGCUGAACUAUGUGAUCAGGGUUAUGGUGUCCCUUUAUACAUUUCAUCCUGGCUCCGCCAAUGCUGGUGUCUGGUUUGGAACAAAUGGAUGUUCGACGUCCAGCCUGGUAUACAGAGAAGUCAGUUCCUGCCGUGAAAAACUUGAUGAUGUCAUUCAAUUAUGAAACUGUGUGUACCUGCCUAGAUCAUUGUAUGUGUAGGUUUGUACAUAGGAUUGUCAACGGAGUACCAGUUCUUCGGCAUCAUGUGUUACUAAAACAUGUAAACAGAAGGAUAAACCAACAAAUGUUCCUAACAUUUUUGAUACUCGCUGUUCUGAAACAUUUGACACACUUGAGUUUCACUUUCACCUUCCAUAGUAGCAUAUAGUACUCUAACUUUCUCGCUUAAUGGUGAAUCUGACAAUACAUUUUCAUCAGAUUGUGUAGUAGAUGAUGUUGCUGAUACAGUCCAGGAAGCAGGUCGCGGUCAGUAUAGAGAACAUUGAGCAGGAGAUUCUGCCUCUAGAGCAGAUGAAAAUUGAACCUACUACAAAUACAAAUAGUUAAAUGGAAUCCGAGUUGCAAGCUAUAUCAGGUCACAUGCAAUCUGGAGCAUUUAUCUGAUACUAUAGGAGCAUCUUUAAAAUGAAUAAUAUGUUUAACAUUUUUUAUCACAAGGGUUUUGCUGAUUAGAUACCGAGCAAGAAUUAUCAAUUAGAGAAAAUGCAAACAAAAUAAAUUUGAUUGA